AAGUCCUCCGCUGGCCGAUCGGGAAGCAGCUGAAGGCUGGGCGAUGGCAGUCUUGGAGGCUUCGCACCCGGACAGACCCGAAGCCACAGUGCCCCCGCGGGAUGGAGGGGUCUAAGACAUCCAGCAGCACCAUGCAGGUGAGCUUCGUGUGUCAGCGCUGCAGCCAACCCCUGAAACUGGACACGAGCUUCAAGAUCCUGGACCGUGUCACCAUCCAGGAGCUCACAGCUCCAUUACUUGCCACAGCCCAGGUGAAACCAGGAGAGACCCAGGAGGAAGAGGCUAACUCAGGAGAGGAGCCAUUUAUUGAAACUCGCCAGGAUGGUGUCUCUCGCAGAUUCAUCCCCCCAGCCAGUCCAUCCAGGCCAACCUUCGUGCUGAGUGUCCCUGUGGAAGACCAGCAUGGCCUUCCCUUGGGAGAGAGGAUGAUGUCUACAGAAAGCGCCAACAGCUUCACUCUGAUUGGGGAGGCAUCCGACGGCGGCACCAUGGAGAACCUCAGCCGAAGACUGAAGGUCACUGGGGACCUUUUCGACAUCAUGUCAGGCCAGACAGAUGUGGAUCACCCACUGUGUGAGGAAUGCACAGAUACUCUUUUAGACCAGCUGGACACUCAGCUCAACGUCACUGAAAAUGAGUGUCAGAACUACAAACACUGCUUGGAAAUCUUAGAGCAAAUGAAUGAAGAUGACAGCGAACAGCUCCAGAUGGAGCUAAAGGAGCUGGCAUUAGAGGAGGAGAGGCUGAUCCAAGAGCUGGAAGAUGUGGAAAAGAACCGUCAGAUAGUGGCAGAAAAUCUCGAGAAGGUCCAGGCUGAGGCUGAGAGGUUGGAUCAGGAGGAAGCUCAGUAUCAAAGGGAAUAUAGUGAAUUUAAACGACAACAGCUAGAACUGGAUGAUGAGCUGAAGAGUGUAGAAAACCAGAUGCGUUAUGCCCAGAUGCAGCUGGACAAGCUGAAGAAAACCAACGUCUUUAACGCAACCUUCCACAUUUGGCACAGUGGACAGUUUGGCACAAUCAAUAACUUCAGACUGGGUCGCCUGCCCAGUGUUCCCGUGGAAUGGAAUGAGAUUAACGCUGCUUGGGGCCAGACGGUAUUGCUGCUCCAUGCCCUGGCCAAUAAGAUGGGUCUGAAAUUUCAGAGGUAUCGACUUGUUCCCUAUGGAAACCAUUCGUAUCUGGAGUCUCUGACAGACAAAUCUAAGGAGCUGCCAUUGUACUGUUCUGGGGGGCUGCGGUUUUUCUGGGACAACAAGUUUGACCAUGCAAUGGUGGCUUUCCUGGACUGUGUGCAGCAGUUCAAAGAAGAGGUUGAGAAAGGCGAGACACGUUUUUGUCUUCCUUACAGGAUGGAUGUGGAGAAAGGCAAGAUUGAAGACACAGGAGGCAGCGGUGGCUCCUAUUCCAUCAAAACCCAGUUUAACUCUGAGGAACAGUGGACAAAAGCUCUCAAGUUCAUGCUGACGAAUCUUAAAUGGGGUCUUGCUUGGGUAUCCUCACAGUUUUAUAACAAAUGACUUUCUUUUUUCCUUAGGGGUUUGUUUGCCUUACAGGCUUUAAAUUUUGUUUUGUUUGCAAAAAAAAAAAAAAGUGUUAAAUUAAAUUCGGGUACUAUUAAACAGCACACGUUUACAAUACCAAAAAAGAAAAAAAAUCCACAAAAGCCACUUUAUUUUAAAAUAUAACAGAUACUUUCCAGAGCUACAACAUGCCAUGUAUAGCAACCGGCCUUUGUCACAGUUUAGACUCUUAACCCCAUGCCUUCCUUUCCCUUUGUCCCCGCAAAACAACUAAUUUAAGUUUGCUAUUUUUUUUUUAACUGAGUUGAAUUGAGAUUGAUGUGUUUUCACUGGAUUUUAUCUCUCUCAACUUCCUGCACUUAGAAUAUGAAAUAGAAACUUUUGUCUCCACUGAGACUACAAGAUGUGUGAGAUGCACAGUUGGAUAACGUGAGAAAAUGACAUGUAAGCUUUGGUCACCAUGUGAUGUGAUCAGAAGCUUGAAAUUUAACACUUCUCACUUGGUUCUAGUACUGAAUGCCUGCUCUGCUCUGUGAUAGAGAUAUGAAAUUGUGUUUGAUACUGUUUGAGACCUUAUGGAGAGAUUUAAUUAUUUGUAAUAAAAGAUUUACUGCAGUCUGAUAACUACCCAGAGGUGCACUGUUGGGUUUUUCUUUAACUAGAAUAGAGUACUUUGUAUUCUGGGAGAAUUGAGUUCAAGUGCAGGUAUGUGGAAAGUCUGUUGAAACAUGUUUAGAGAUGGGUGUUAGUUUUUUAAAAAGACUGUAAUGAAAAGUAGACGGCUGUAGAGAAAGCCCUAUUUGUGUAGCUCUCAGUAACAGAACAGAGAUGUUUAACUUUAAGGGGAAAUAAAGGCUACCUCCUUGAUGCUCAGUCAAGGUCACCCAGAUGGUCUCAGUUUUUGAGCCCCUGGUUAAUACUAAUCUCCAUGUCUGACGUUCUCCCCUAAUAAAAUGAACAGUUAAGAGGAAGGCCAUAAAUAUCUUGUUAAACAAAAAUAAACUAAUUU